AUGGCGACAAGUACAUCCGCACCGCGACUGCAGAGUCCAGGCGACCGCAACCUCAAGAAUGUUGUGCUAGGAGAUCUCCUUUUCAAGCCAUGGUAUCAGUCCAUCUACCCAGAAGACUUGGUCGCUAAAGACGCCGAUCGUCUCUACGUUUGUCGCUGGUGCUUUCGAUACUCCUGUGACGGCGAAACCUAUGCAAUCCACACCCAAGUCUGUGAACAUCGUACAACACCACCCGGCACUAAAGUCUACGACCACGGUGGGUACGCGGUAUGGGAAGUUGACGGGGAGCAACAUAAGCUCUUUGGGCAGAACCUGUCACUAUUCGCGAAGCUAUUUCUCGACCACAAAACUGUCUUUUUCGAUGUCGCAACCUUCCUCUACUAUAUUCUCACAUUUACCGACCCUGAAAAUGAAGGCAACUACCACGUGCUUGGCUUCUACUCCCAAGAAAAGCUCUCCUGGGACGCAAACAAUCUCGCCUGUAUUUGUGUCUUUCCACCUUACCAGCACAAACAACUAGGAAAGCUCUUGAUGGGAGUAAGCUACAAACUGAGUGGCUGGGAUUCACCUGGUGGGUACAUCGGUGGCCCAGAGAAACCACUAAGUGACCUGGGCCAAAAGAGCUACAAUCGGUUCUGGGCUGAGCGGAUCGCGAGGCAUCUACUACUCGGCAAGCAUGGAGAAGACAUCGCCGAAGCCAAUCAUAACAAGCCAAGCACCCCUUCAAAGCGCAAGAAACUUCAGCGUGAAACCAUGACUGUUGAAGAUAUUGGCCUUGCCACUGGAAUGUUGACAGAGGAUGUCAUCACUGCUGUUAAGAGCAUGGGUGUUGCUCAACCCGAGAAGAAGCGCAAAAUGAGUCGGCUUAUGGGAGAUAAUGAAGCCGAACAGGGCCCGAAGAUGAUGAUUCGCAAGUCAGACGUUUGGAAUUGGGCCAAGACUCAUCAUCUCUCACUGGAGGAUCCUGUGAGGGAAGAAGGCUUCGUGAAGAGAUUACAAUUUAAGAGUGUGUCAGGCGGUGGUGAGAGUAGCUUGGAGGAGGAAUAG